AUUGAAAACUACCAAGAAUGCCAUCAGAAAAGAGGAAAUCUACAUCAAACAACCCAGAGAAGGAGAAAAAGACAAAAUUAGAGUCAGAGGAUGUUAACUUGGAUAGUCUAUCACCAAUCGCUAAACCAUUAGCUAACAAAAAAUUGAACAAGAAGAUACAAAAGUGUAUAAAGAGAGCAGCGAAGACUAGAAACUUAAAGAGAGGUGUAAAAGAAGUCGUUAAAGGUAUAAACAAAGGUGAAAAGGGUAUUGUGAUUUUAGCCGGAAAUAUUUCACCAAUAGAUAUUUUAACUCACAUACCAAUACUUUGUGAAGAAUCUGGUAUAUCGUACAUUUACAUCCCAUCAAAGGAGGAGUUAGGUGAAGCUUCAGGUACUAAGAGACCAACGAGUUGUAUGAUGAUCACACAAAAAUCUUCAAAGCCAAAGAAAGGACAAGAGGAUGAAAUAAAGGAUAAAGUAGAAGAGUUCAAGCAAUUAUACGCGGAAUUACAAGAAGAGAUCUCAGAUUUGAAUACUAAAAUUGCUUUCUAAAUUUAAAUUUUUUAUUUAUUGUUCUACUGAUGUCAUAGAGUGCG